AAAAAAGACGUUAAUUAUUAUCAUAUUUUUAAAUAGGUAAUCGGAUCGUCAGGUAACGUGCUCGCCACUUUGUCAGAGGGGUCAGUUUUUGGGGAAAUUAGCUUACUUGGAAUACCUGGAAUGAAUCGAAGAACAGCUGAUGUCAGAUCUAAAGGAUAUUCCAAUCUGUUCGUCCUGAGCAAGACUGACUUAAACGCCGCGCUGUCUCAUUAUCCUGAAGCUCAAGAACUGCUCAAUAAAAAAGCAAAAACGCUCAUGAAGAAAAAUGCGUCAUUAGAAAGGAAGUACAAAGAUGCAAUGAUUGUCAUUAAUAAUCCGACAACGCCUGCCAAGGAUGCCAAGCUUUUGGAAACCGUGUUACAGAUGUUGCCUCCGGAAUCCAAUACCAACAAGUUAUUGAGAUUUGGCAGCAGGGGUAAGCCGAGGAUAAGUCCCCAGUACGAUAAGUUCAAACAAUCGAGAAACAGUCUACCUCUACCUAGUCUACUUCCAUUAAAACGUGAGCUUGAGGCUAUGCAGAAGGAAAACAGAAGAUUGGACAAGUGGAAGCCCAGGCUAACGGGACACACGUUCCAGUGUCCUGUCAUGGUGCAUAGAUCCAUGAGCUAGCUUUGGUACAAAAAUGUAUUGUAUUCUACCAUAAAACAUUUUAAUAAUAUUAAUGUAAAAUUGAGUACGUUAUUCAAAAAUGCAAGACGAUUCAAAAAAGUGAGUCAAAAUACCCCAGUUCCUACCCCGGUGAUGUGCCUACUUUAAACUAAAAAGGUUUGUUGAAGAAAGGUCAGAACAUAACUUUUUCAAAUUUGCGAGACAAUCGUUGAAUAUACAGGGUGCAAACGUUAUGAUAGUCAUUAUUUAAAUGAG